GUCCCCGGUGCCCAGCUGUCAGUCUGUGAAGAGUGACCGGUCCAUGGAGGGUCCUCGUAAUUUUGCUGGUGGACAGCCUGUCCCUUCUCCAAGUGAGCUGUCAGAGCUCCAGUCCAGCUCUGCAGUGUGUGAGCAGAUGAGCCAGCAGAGACUCUGCCAGCAGUCCAAGGUUGUAGAUGCUUCACUCCCGUGCUCCAAUGAUCAGGACCCGGAAACAGAAAAUAAGAAAUGUGCACAAAGAGUCCAAGAGAACCUGAAAUCCUGUCUGAAGAAGAAGUUUGAGUGCAUAUUUGAAGGGGUUGCAAAGUCAGGAAAACACACCCUCCUCAACAAUAUUUACACAGAGCUCUACAUCAUAGAGGGGGACUGUGAUGGGGUUAAUAAUGAACACGAGGUGUGGCAGAUUGAGACAGCAUCCAGGACACAGACCACACAAGACACUGCAAUACACUGCAAUGACAUCUUUAAACCCUUACCUGGACAAGAGAAACCCAUCAAAAUUGUGCUGACGAAGGGGAUCGCUGGCAUUGGAAAAACAGUCUCUGUGCAGAAGUUCAUUCUGGACUGGGCAGAAGGAAAAGCCAAUCAGGAUAUUCAUUUCGUGUUUGUUCUUCCUUUUCGGGAGCUGAACUUGAUUAAUGAUGAACAGUACAGUCUGCUUGGGCUUCUGCAUGUCUUCCACCCUGAAACGAGAGGGAUUGAUAACAUUGAGUCUGAUGUUGACAAAGUUUUGUUCAUCUUUGAUGGUCUAGAUGAAAGCAAACUUCCCUUAAAUUUCCAACACAACGAGGUAUUGUCCGAUGUAACAAACACAUCCUCAGUGGAUGUGCUGCUGACAAACCUCAUUAAGGGGAAUCUGCUUCCUUCUGCUCUCCUAUGGAUCACCUCCCGGCCAGCAGCAGCCAAUCAGAUCUCUCCUGAAUACAUCCACCGGCUGACAGAGGUACAAGGGUUCAAUGACUCACAGAAGGAGGAGUACUUCAGGAAGAGAUUCAGUGAUGAGAACCAGGCCAGCAGAAUUAUCUCUUACAUGAAAUCAUGCAGGAGUCUCUACAUCAUGUGUCACAUACCAGUCUUCUGUUGGAUUUCUGCAACUGUUCUGGAGCAACUGUUGGGUGAAGCUGACUGUGGAGAAAUCCCUAAAACUCUGACUGGAAUGUACACCCACUUCCUGCUCAUUCAGUCCAGCAUCAAGAAUCAGAAGUAUCAGGGAAGAAAUGAGACAGAUCCACAAAAGCUUCUGGGGCUGGAUAAAGACAUGAUUCUGAAACUGGGGCAGCUGGCUUUUCAACACCUGGAAGAUGGCACUCUCAUGUUCUAUGAAGAGGACCUGAGAAAGUGUGGCAUUGAUGUCACUCAAGCGUCAGUGUACUCUGGGGUGUGCACAGAAAUCUUUAAAGAGGAGUCUGUGCUGUAUCAGAAGAAAGUGUACUGCUUUGUGCAUCUGAGCAUCCAGGAGUACCUGGCUGCGUUGUAUGUACUUCACUCAUAUGUAGUCAAGAAUGUAAAUACAUUGACAGGAUUUUCAAGUAAAAAGUUUCUAUUUUUCAAUCAGUCAAUCUAUGAAUUGCACAAGGCAGCUGUUCAGAAGGCCCUGCAGAGUAAGAAUGGGCACCUGGACCUUUUCCUGCGAUUCCUUAUUGGCCUCUCACUGGAUUCCAAUCAGAACCUUCUCAAAGGCGCUCUGACACAGACAGGAAGUAACUCAGAGAGCAUCAAGAAAACAAUCCAGUACAUCAAAGAGUUGAAGAGGGAGGAUUCCUCCCCAGAGAGGUGCAUCAAUCUGUUCCACUGUCUGGCUGAACUGAAUGAUGAUUCAUUUGUGAAGGAGGUCCAAACGUACCUGAGCUCAGCAAGUCAUGAAAGGAUCUCACCUGUGCACUGCUCUGCCCUAGCCUAUAUGCUCCUGAUGUCAGAGGAGGUGCUGGAUGAGUUUGACCUGAGGAAAUACAACACCUCAGACGAGGGGCGCAGGAGACUGGUUCCAGCUGUGAGGUGCUGCAGAAAGGCUCUGUGA